UAAUAAUUGGAUAAAUUAAAUACGUAAUAAAGUGAAUUAAUAAACAAAGAGAAAGAGAGUACAGAAAUCAAGGUAGCUGGUGAUCUGAAAUGUAAAUAUCUUGUCAAAGAUAGAGGUUAUAAACGAAAACGGUUCUUGGAUGAGUUGUUAAAACUUCGGGGAAUCUUGUUAGAGUUAAUAACUGGGUUUCCGAUUGCGGGAGCGCUUGCUAGAUCCUCCUUCAGUUCGAUUUCGUUCGGCAAAGGACACGGUUCGUUCCCUCUUAUUUAAUCGUUCCAUAGAAAAUUGUAUACGAAAAGUUAAAUUUUUAGUUUAACCCGGUGUUUUAAUAAGAAUUAAAUGGAAGACAUGGCUAUUUCUAAGGAACUUAAAUCGGCCAUUGAGUCCAAUCAAAAAGAAUUAAAAAACGCCAUUCGAAAUCAUCAGGUUAUUUUAACAAAGUUACGUGAUAAUCCUGAUAACGUUGAACUUCAAGAUCAAUUAAAAGCGAUUCAAGAAAACAUAGUCUUCAUCGGAUGCGAACAAAAAUCAAUAAUAGAAGCGUUACGUAAAAACUACAAAACUUAUCAAAAAUCGGUCAAGAACAAUGUGAUUAAAAAUAGUGUCGAAGAAAAACGAUCGAAUUUGACCAACUCUUUGAAUAGAGCAAGAAAAUUAAAUGUUGUUACUAAAGCAACGUCUGGGACAUCCGUUAGUGCUUCCGACGAAUCCGAAUGUUCAUUCGGACCGUUAACACCGGAACAACCAGUAAACAACCCAACCAGCCCGCAUCAUAUGCAAAAAGAACGAUUUUUAGGCAGCUUCGGUUUAGGGACGCACGAGGCUUGUCGCCUUUUACAAAAUAAACGUGUCGAACGAAAACGAAGAAGUACGGCAAAUCCGCAAUUUUUGUAUCACAGAGGUUGGGAUUUUUCUACAAAACGUAGUAAAAGAAAUAAUAACGUAAAUGUAUCACCUCCGCAUACAAGACAGGCUGUGAGAAAUAGAAAUAAAUGUAACGAGAGAAACUCUCCCCCAAAAAAGAAUUCGGGUCCACCUUCCCCUGUUGAUAACGCACUACCUUUCCCAUUACCCAGCGAAUUAACCAUCGAAAGAGUUAAUGCGGUUAAAAAAAAUUUAGGGGAGAAGAUUUGCGUUGAAUGUAGAAACCCGGGAAAUGGAUCUUUAUUGUACUGUGAUAUGUGUACUGGAGGUUUUCAUCUUAGUUGUCAUAAUAGACCACUUGCUCAAACUCCCAGGCAAUGCCCUAGAUGCAUUUCUGGUAAAGAUACUAGAGUUAUUGGAUCUUUAAAUGUACCAUCAGGGAUGAGUGUUUCUUAUAUUUCAGCUGAAAUCAAUGAUAAAAUUCAAGAAAAAAAUGCUCUUUUGGAAAAGAAAAAAAAUUUGAGUGCCGAAUUAACUCGUUUACAAGAUAAACACUCCCAAUUGACGAUCACCUUAAAAACUCAGCAAGUUGAACAAGAAGAGCUUUUGGUAACUCAACAAUCAACGGAGGAUAAGAUCCAAAAUAUCUUAAAAUUCAUUUCGCGCGUAAACGACAAGAAGGUGCUUCCGGAUAAAGAAACGGUGGAAUCUUAAGACUUUAAGUCAAUUGUUACGAGAAUGUUAUGAUGAGAUAUUGUUAAGUUACUUUGUUUUAAGACUGAUAUUUUUCUACGAAUUAUUUUACAUAAUAAAUCGAACUGAAUUUCUAUAAGAAAAAAUAUUUAUAUGGAA